UCACAGCACACCCGCCCUGAAUACUGGAACUAUGCCGCGGGGCCGACCUCGCAAACUGAGAGUUAAAAGCAACGAGGAGACAGAUGCAGAUCCCAAUAAAGGUGAGAGUGAUGGAGAGCUCAAGGACAAGAAGUGCACAACAUGUACCCAAACCUUUUCCACUGAGAGUCAGCUGCAGAAGCACCUCCGCGAUCAUGAGAGUGAUAAGCCUCACCGAUGUGAUGAGUGUCCACGGAGCUUUAAUUUGGAGUUCAACCUUACCCUUCACAAGUCAACACAUAGCGCAUCAGACUUUUCUUGCCCGGUUUGCCAUAAGAAGUUUUCACGCAUUGCUAGCCUCAAAUCUCACCUAAUGUUACAUGAAAAGGAGGAGAAUUUGAUGUGUCCAGAGUGUGGGGAUGAGUUUGUUCUUCAGAGCCAGCUCUCCCUUCACUUGGAGGAGCAUCGUAAGGAGCUGUCAGGGGCCAAGGUCUUCACCUGUAAGACGUGUAAUGAGGAGUUAAAGACAUCAGUGCUUCUCAAGGAGCACAUGAAGACUCAUGUCAAGAUGAGACCACUUCCCUCAUCUUCCAGAAAUUAUAAGAAAAGUAUUGAUCGGAGUGGCUUCACAAACAGCUGUCUCCAUUGUGGAAAAACAUUCAAAAAACCCAGUCAGCUGGUCAGACAUAUAAGGAUACACACAGGUGAACGUCCCUUUAAAUGCUCACAUUGUGGAAAAGCAUUUAACCAGAAGGCGGUGCUGCAGACCCACAUGGUGAAGCAUACUGGUGAGAAGCCCCACCUGUGCAUGUUCUGCCCUGCAUCCUUCUCCCAAAAGGGAAACCUGCACUGCCAUGUUCAGAGAGUUCACUCCGAGGCAAAAGGUGGCAUGUUUCCAUGUAUGGACUGCAGUUGUGUAUUUAAGAAGUUGGGCAGCCUAAAUGCCCACAUCAGUAAAAUGCAUAUUUCUGUCAUUGAGGUACCCUCCAGUGCAUCGGAAACUGAGGCAUCGGGUCAAGCACCAGGAGGAGCAGAGGGUGGGGAGGGGGUCACCGAUGUUAUGCAACAGCUUUUGGAGCUGUCUGAGCAAGUGAGCGGGGAGACCAGCCAACCCCCGCCUGCCGAACCACCCAUCUCCAUCGAAACAGCUAUCAAUCAGGAUAUCCUGCAGCAAGCUCUUGAGAACAGUGGCCUAAGUGUAGUGCAGCCUGAAGACAAUACAACUCCAAGAUCGACAGAAAACAUCCACAAUAACAGCAGCAACAACAACACACACACUCCGAUAGUGUCCAACAAGAAAGUGCUGGAAAGAAUGAGAGAGAAGAAAAGGAGUAUCUUCAAGAAACCUAUACAAAUGCCAGGUUCCAUCCGGGAGGAAAAUGGCGUCCGCUGGCAUGGCUGCCCAUACUGCACUAAAGAGUUCAAGAAACCUAGCGACCUUGUGCGCCACAUUCGCAUCCACACCCAUGAGAAGCCUUUCAAGUGCAAACAGUGUUACCGAGCCUUCGCGGUGAAGAGUACCCUCACCGCACACAUGAAAACGCACACUGGUAUCAAGGCCUUCGAGUGCCAGAACUGCCUUAAGUGCUUCUCCACUUCUGGCAGCAUGAAGGUGCACAUGCGGCUGCAUACAGGUGUACGACCGUUCCCCUGCCCUCACUGUGACAAAAUAUUCCGGACAUCAGGUCACAGGAAAACACAUAUUGCUUCCCACUUCAAAAACACCCAGCAGAAAAAGCAUAAGUUUCCCCGAAAAGCCAACAAGACCAAAGUGCCUAAGACUAAUGUAUCUCUGCCAGAUAUCCCCUUACAAGAGCCCAUUCUCAUCACUGAUUUUGGCCUCAUCCUGUCCCAGAAUUCUCGCUUGGCGUUCCAACAGUAUCUGGAUGUGGUGACAACCGACAGACCAUUCAAAUGCCAGUUCUGUAAUAAAGCUUACAAGAAAUCCAGCCAUUUGAAACAGCAUGUCAGGUCUCAUACAGGAGAGCGGCCAUACAAGUGUGUGCAGUGCAGUCGUGGUUUCUCUUCAUCUGGAGUGCUCAAAGCUCACAUCCGAACUCACUCUGGAUUGAAGGCGUACAAGUGCCUCUUGUGCGAUACCACAUUCACCACCAGCGGGAGCCUGCGUCGUCACAUGACCACUCACAGUGAUCUACGACCUUACAUGUGCCCCUACUGUCAAAAGACCUUCAAGUCGUCACCCAACUGUAGGAAGCAUAUGAAGACACACAGAUAUGAACUGGCCCAGCAGCUGCAGAACCAGUCAGCAGACGACCCUUUGGGAACAACAACUGAUAUUCAGGUGGAAAUAUCCGAUGGCUCCCUACAACCGACAUCCACAACUACACCCGAGCAACAAAGCAUGCUGGGAUUGGACCAGACAGAGGUGGUGAAUGGUGAUCAACAGGUGACACUGGAGACAACACUUGCUGACCAACCACUUGUACAGGGAGAAGACUCCUAUGUGAGCACUCAGCAUGCUUUGCCCCAGAAUAUCAGCCAAUUUGAGACCCCAGCACUUCCCCAGCCUGGCUUUGAUCAGCAGUCUCUCACACAAGGUUUCACAAUUACUGAUCCAAGCUAUAAUCAGAAUCAGUUUUCCACUGUCCAGCAGCUGCAGGAUUCAAGCACCCUUGAAUCCCAAGCUCUGUCCACCAGUUAUCCCCCUCCAAAUCUACUGGUUUCUAGUGAUGAGGUGACUAAUGAUCUUCUGCAGAAUAGUCAGGAUGAACUGCAGCUCACAGCAGAGGCACAGGACUAUCAGGAUGACAGUGAAGACAACAGCAAGAGAGUUCACAGGUGCAACUGGUGUAAAAAGGGAUUCAAAAAGUCGAGUCACCUAAAGCAGCACGUGCGGUCCCACACAGGGGAAAAACCAUUCAGGUGUCAUUUAUGUGGACGAUCCUUUGUGUCGGCUGGAGUACUCAAGGCCCACCUCAACACACACACAGGUGUGAAGCCUUUCAAAUGUAAUGUUUGCGACGCCACUUUCACAACCAACGGCAGCCUGAGCCGACACAUGAUCACACAUAUCAAGUCUUACAAAUGCAGUAUAUGUGAAGAAAGCUUUAGGACCAGUCUGCUGUGUAAGAAGCACUUGAAGAAAGAACAUUCCAUUGAUGAAACAGGUCUUGAAAGUCAUCCUGAGGAGGAUGAUGAUGAUGAUGAUGAAGAUGAUGAAGAUGGAGACCCGAAGGCAUCAAAGCGGAGGUGUAUGGGAAUCAUAACUUUCACUGAGGAGCAGACCGCAGAACUGGCCAAAGAUCCGGGGGAGGACGCCUCUGUGUCCGAGCGUAUAUUAGCCCAGUCUGCAGCUGAGCGAGAUAGGAUCAGUGAAAUCAAGGACAAGGCCGUGGAGCUUGAGACUGAACCCAAGUUUGCAAACUGCUGUAAUUACUGCCCCAAAAGCUUCAAGAAACCUAGCGAUCUGGUCAGACACAUUCGAAUCCAUACUGGUGAACGGCCGUACAAGUGUGAUGAAUGUGGCAAGAGUUUUACCGUCAAAUCUACUUUGGACAGUCAUGUUAAAACGCAUACAGGCCAAAAACUGUUCAGCUGCCACAUGUGCAACACCUCCUUCUCCACAAAGGGCAGCCUGAAGGUCCACAUGCGCCUCCACACAGGCUCCAAACCCUUCAAAUGUCCAUUCUGUGAACUCCGAUUCAGAACAUCUGGCCACCGCAAAACACACAUCCAGUGUCAUUUCAGACCCAACAGUGAACGCAAGAGCAAGCGCUCAGCGCACAGUCAGUCAAGUCAAGACACCAGCACCUCGCAGACAGUGGUUUCAGGGGACGGACAGACAACAGGAGCCACAGAUCUGCAGUCUGUAGGCCUGCUCCAAACACCAAACAAUGAUUCAAACAUUUACCUCCAGACCAGCCUCACAGGACUAGACCAGAACCUGCUACAACCUGGGCUAGUCGGGCAAGCCAUCCUCCCGGCCUCUAUGUCAGCAGCGGGAGACCUCACCGUUUCUCUGUCCGAUGGCUUGACGACAUUGGAGGGUAUCCAACUUCAGUUGACCCCAGCUAAUCUUGUGUGCCCCAAUGUGCAGAUCUCUGGCAUUGACGCCAGCAACAUCAACAACAUCACACUCCAGAUUGAUCCGACCCUGCUGCAGCAGACAUUACAGCAGACCUUACAGCAGGGCAGUCUCCUCUCUCAGCCCCUCAGUGUAGACUCUGGGCUCGUGUCUCACUCGGGAAACCAGCUCUUGUCCAACACUGACCCGACAUCAUCGGCCAGUGUGGUACUACAUCCCCUCACCAGCCUGCCCCUCCAGCCUCCCUCCAUCGCCCCGGCACAGGUCACCAUGGCUGGGUUGUCUGAUAACGACACUGCAGGUUCACAGGAUCUCAGUCACGUGAUGGGCAGUUCUGGUCUUGUGUCUGGGAGCAACGGUGGCCAAGAAAUCACCUUCACCUUCAAUAACUCCAGUUUGUCCCAGGCCCUCGCCCAAGUACAAGCUCAGGCCUCUGCUGCAGGCGCCAGCUCUGCAGCAGGAGGCACUCAGGAGAUCACCCUCACCAUAUCAGGUCAAGAUCUACUACCACAGCAUAAUAACUCAUCAGGCACAGAGAUUAAUGGCAGCAUCAGACUGGCAUCACCUCUCACCAGUCAGUCCACCAACGCCACUCUGACCAUCACUAAUGACCACCUGCUCCCCCCCAGCCCUGCCAACACUGGACUGGCAGUCACAAGCCUCCCUGCCAGCUCGGCUCUGUCCCACAGUGCUGCAUCCCAGAGUCUGGUCAUGUCCCCCGCCACCGUGGCCAGUGACGGUAGUGUGACCCUGACCCUCGCAGACGCUCAGGGCAUGCUGGAUGGAGUCACACUCAACCUGAAUGCACAGGGUCAGACAUUUCCGGUGCUGAAUGACUCCACACUACAGGGACAAGCCACUGCCUCUGGUCAGCAGGUCAUACUGAUUGCAGAAGAGACUCAUAAAGGGCUGAAGGAUGUCUCUUCAGAGGCCGACUCCAGAAACCAGUGCUUCUACUGUAACCAGAUGUUUCCAAAUGCCAACUCCCUGCGACGCCACUGUAAACAGGCUCACGGCAAAGACCGCUGCCACGUGUGCCCAGUCUGCAAUAAGGCUUUUAAACGAGCCACACACUUAAAGGAACAUGAACGGGUGCACCAGCCAGGCCCGUCUCCCAGCUCCCAGAAACCCAGAGUCUUCAACUGCUCAUCCUGUUCCAAAGCUUUUGCUAAACGCAGUCAGCUGGAGAGGCACAACCGCACACACACAGGUGAACGACCGUUUAAAUGCCCACAGUGUGACAAGGCUUUCAACCAGAAGAGUGCCCUGCAGGUGCACAUGGUCAAACACACAGGGAAGAAGCCAUUUAAAUGUGAGGUGUGCAGCAUCCGCUUCACUCAGAAGAGCAACAUGAAGCACCACAUGAAGAGAGCGCACGGCUACGGUCAGAUCCAGGAUGUUUCCUUGGGCCAGGAUGAUACAGCGCCCCCUCAGGUGGAAGUGGGUCCUGAACUCGACCUGGAGGUAGUCCCCGAGUCCUCUGGAGACUGGCACAAUGUCUUCUCGUAAACACUGUAGACUUAUAUCAGCGCUGACUGUGGCUAAACAAAAUGAAAGAAAAGCUGUUUAUGCAUGAGCUGCACCAAAGGCACACAUUUCCCUUUGCAGGUUGACAUUGAAUUUAAGCAACAGAUAUUUUUUUAAUAAUCUAUAUUCAGAUAUAAACUUAAGUGAAAUACUAUUUUGAAGGUUUUGAUCAAUU